AUGUUACAGCACGGAUAUCCGGCUUAUACAAGAUCCUCUGUCUGUCUGGGCCACUCAGAGCAGCAAUUAAAAAAGUGAUCUAUAUCUCGUUCCAAAUACACAUCUAGGUUCAAAGUAAAGGUGGGUGCAGAUCUGCAGAAUGAUAUUUUCAGAUGGAGAAAAAUUCUCCCUUGUAUGCUGGAUGCAAACCAACAAUAGGAAAUAAAAGAAGCAAUAGAAUGGAUCACUAAACCAGCCGAGUUUAAACCCUUGUGGAUUAAGGAGCCAGAUUUUCCAGAUGAGGAUAUGUAUGUCCAGAUGAGACAUGCCACCAUUUCAAAGGCCUUAGCACUAUUAGGAAUUUGUGUGGCAAGCAGAGAACACUGGCUCAACAGAGUGAUAUUUAAACCGCUUCUACAAGCUAAGGCCUUGAGUUAUCUCCAAAUUGACAGCUGAAGGCUGGGAAGUGUUAAUGAAAACUUGUCUGUGCUGCUGAUGGCCAAAAAGUUCCAGAGUAAGAUUCUGCAAAAUGUAGCAGCAAUGAGACAAUCCUUCUCUCCCCACCCUCCAAGCUAUCUCUGUGAAUUAGUCCAGCACUUGAUAUUUUAUUAUAUCCCAGUAUCUGAAAGCCUUCAAAGCAGGUUAGUUAUACAGAUUACUCCAGUAGCAAUUGCCUAUGGUGAUAUUUUUUAUUCUUAA